AUGCCCAUCACUUCUGCUAUUUCGUGUGACCUAAAAAUUAUUGUAGUGAAACUUCUGUUAUGGUUUCAGGUGUACUGCGAGUAUGGGAUGGUCCAUGUCCUUUCAGAGAAGGGGAGCAGCAAAGGAAAAGACUACUGUAUCCUCUUCAACUCCCAGUGGGCCCAUUUGCCCCAUGAUCUGGGUAAAGCUUCGCUCUUACAACUGCAGGAUCAGACAGCAUCUGUUUUGUGUUCUCCUUCUGAUGUACCUGAUGGGGGAUUUAAUAAUCAAAUUCCCAUGGUGAUGCGAGGGAAUUGCACCUUCUAUGAGAAAGUGAGGCUUGCUCAGAUAAACGGAGCUCGUGGGCUGUUGAUUGUCAGCAGAGAGAGACUGGUUCCUCCGGGAGGUAACAGGAGUCAGUAUGAAGAGAUUGAUAUUCCUGUGGCUCUGCUCAGCUACACUGAUCUGUUAGAUAUUGGCAAGAGUUUUGGCAGCUCGGUGAAGGGGGCGAUGUACGCACCGAACGAGCCUGUGCUGGACUAUAACAUGGUGAUUAUCUUUGUCAUGGCUGUGGGGACUGUUGCAAUUGGAGGCUACUGGGCAGGAAGCAGAGAUGUGAAAAAGCGGUACAUGAAGCACAAACGUGAUGAUGGGGCAGAGAAACACGACGACGAAACAGUUGAUGUGACUCCAAUAAUGAUCUGCGUGUUCGUGGUGAUGUGCUGCUCAAUGCUGGUCCUCCUUUAUUUCUUCUACGACCACUUAGUCUAUGUUAUCAUAGGAAUAUUCUGCCUGGCUGCCUCAAUUGGCCUUUACAGUUGCCUGUCUCCUUUUGUAAGAAGAUUCCCCUUGGGAAAGUGUAGAAUCCCAGACAACAACUUGCCUUAUUUUCACAAGCGUCCACAGGUCCGGAUGUUGCUCCUGGCAGUCUUUUGUGUCUCUGUCAGUGUGGUCUGGGGAAUCUUCAGAAAUGAAGACCAGUGGGCCUGGGUUCUGCAAGAUGCUUUGGGAAUUGCUUUCUGUCUUUACAUGUUGAAAACAAUUCGCCUGCCUACGUUUAAGGGUUGUACCUUGCUCCUCCUGGUUCUUUUUGUGUACGAUGUGUUCUUUGUGUUUAUCACACCUUUUCUAACGAAGACUGGGGAGAGCAUAAUGGUGGAGGUGGCCGCAGGUCCGUCUGAUUCUGCCACUCAUGAGAAGCUCCCGAUGGUCCUAAAGGUCCCAAGGCUGAACUCCUCGCCGCUGGCUCUGUGCGACAGGCCUUUUUCUCUCCUAGGGUUUGGAGACAUUUUAGUUCCAGGCUUACUGGUAGCCUAUUGCCAUAGAUUUGAUAUUCAGGUGCAGUCGUCCAGAAUCUAUUUUGUAGCCUGCACAAUAGCGUACGGCAUCGGCCUUCUCGUGACCUUUGUUGCCUUGGCACUGAUGCAGAUGGGCCAGCCCGCUCUCCUCUACCUGGUGCCCUGCACUCUUCUCACCAGCUUCGCCGUGGCUCUUUGGAGAAAGGAGCUCGCAAUGUUCUGGACGGGCAGCGGCUUUGCGAAAGACCUACCUCAGCCUCCCUUGGUGAUAGCUCCGGUCAACUGCCCUGAUCUUCCCAAAGACAGCAAUGGACCAGCCUCUCAAGAAGACAUGGAGCAAAUGACCAACCCUACCCUCCACAUGAAGGAGCUGCAUGACCCCUCCUCAGCUGCAGAGGAGCUCACUGAUACCGACACAAAGACAGACCAGCCAGAGAUUUCUGUUGCACAGAGUGAGGAACCAACUGGUCAGAAUAAGGACAACCUUGAAAGCGAAUGCCUAAACGCAGAGCAAAACCAGCUGGAAUGA